CCUUUUUUCAACUGACUCUCUUAUUUGUUCAUUAAAUCGGCCUUUAUUCAUAUAAUGCGUAAUCCAGGAAUGUAACGAUUUAAUUGGCACGAGAAAACUCGAGAAAAUAGCAACUGCACAAAUCGCAAUGACAACAAUGAAUGGCUAAAUUACUUCCGGACACUAAGGUUCCGCGGAGCUCCUCCUCACUAUUAUUUAUAUUAGCGACACCCAUUCAGUAGAUAUUUGAGCAUUUUUUGUUAUCUGUUCAUGUAGUAGAUUGGAAUGCACAGUUUGUUUGUUCAAGUGGUGUCCACUGUCCAGUGCAUCAGGGGGAGUUUUAAUUGCUGGUGCAACCUAUAUAGUGGUCUGAUGCAUUGCCGAAACGUCCAGACUGGAACCAAACCAUGGACAGAGUAGGCUGCCCUGCACGGGUGUCACACCAGUCCUUGAUGGCAGCUGCAGUGUCUACACUGCGGCAGCCCUCCAGGUUUUGAGCCCAGCUGUACAGGCAUAAGCCCUGCAGGGUUUUAGUAUGGCUUCAGAGAAGAUGGAUGAUUACAGUGGGACACUGGGGCUGAAUGUUUACGUCAAAGAGGAGGAGGAAGAGGUGCAGGUGGAGGAUUUCACAAUGAAGGACAAGGAGGCAUUCACAGUGAAGGAGGAGGAUGAAGCUUUCACAGUGAAGGAAGAGGUGUUGACUUUCACAUUUAAAAAAGAAGAGGAAGAGGUUUCAACAGUGAAAGAAGAAGAGGACGAGGUUAUCACAGUGAAAAUUGAGGAGGGUGGAGCAGAGAGGCCUAGCCCCAGCACCGAGACUAAAUGGGGCUCGAAGAGUGGAAAAAGUUUGAUACAGGAACUGGACUGGCGAGCUCCUGUGGAGAAACCUCACUGCUGUUCCCAGUGUGGCAAAACAUUCUCAGAGUCCGGAAACCUGAAGCAGCACAUGCGGACGCACAGCGGAGAGAGACCUUACCACUGCUCCAAAUGUGGGAAACGCUUCAUACAAUUGGGACACUUCAACAGCCACCAGCGCACGCACACGCAGGAGAAACCGUUCAGUUGCGGUGAGUGCGGGAAGAGUUUCUCUCAGAGAAUCAAUUUGAAGAAACACCAGCUCACACACUCCGGUGAGAGGCCUUUCCUGUGCUCUGACUGCGGGAAGAGUUUCUCUUCAUCUACCAACCUAAAAAGACACCAGAGCACGCACAGCAAUGAAAAGCCUUUCCAGUGCACCAACUGUGAGAAAAGUUUCACUCAUAUACACCACUUGACACGUCAUCAGACCGUACACACGGGGGAGAAACCUUACACUUGCUCUGACUGUGGGAGGAGUUUCUCCCUCCAGGGGACUUUAAAGAAACACCAGCGCACACACACCGGGGAGAAACCGUACCAGUGCUUGCUCUGCGGGAAGAAUUUCUCUCUUUCGGUGGCACUGAAGAGACACCAGCUCAUGCACACUGGAGAGAAACCAUACCAAUGUGCUCAAUGCGGGAAGAGUUUCACCCAAAAGGGACAAUUAACUCAACACCAGGGCACACAUGAACUAGAAAAGCCUUACCCCUGCUCCCAGUGUGGGAAAAGUUACUCCUCAGCCCCCUCGUUAAAAGCACAUCAGAGGACUCACAAAGAGUCAACGUCACUCGCAAUGACAGCACAUUUCAGAAAGUAAAUUAUUGAACUGGUUGUCUCUGAUUGGGAUUGAUAGCCUACAUUUGAAACUAUAGAUGCCUUAAAUGCUUUGUCAUGUUCAAACAAAACUCUUAGUCCCAAUGUUAUUUUAUCUCUGAAAUGUUCACUUGCACACUCCUUACAGAUUUAAAAGGAAUGGACUGGUUUGCAUUCAGUACCACAGAACGGUGAGCAACCUUGAAUUCAAUGGAAACUGCACUUAAAAACUUUAAGCCAAUUGCAACCAUCGAUGGCCACCAGAUUAUCGCCAGCUGAUCUUUAGUUAAACCAGUAAUUGGCGCUAAAAUCACCUACACAGCUACACACCUAUCUCAAUCUCUAUCUCAAUUGCAACCAUUAUUGGACACCAUUACCUCUCCCUAAAGUGGAUGUUGGGCUUUACUCUUAGUUCUGAUUUUAAGACUAUUUUGCCCUCUGUUGGGUAUUAUCAUCAGAACAAUUGAAUCCUGUUGUUUUUUUUGCAGAUUCAAGGUGAUUUUAAUCAAUUUGACAAUCAUUCCAUACAACUCAAGUAAAGUAUUUAAUUUCCUUGUUUUCCACAGCAAAUCCUCUAUGGCAGUGUAGCCUACCCUACGCAUUUUAUGAUUGGAAAAAUCAUGGUGUAGGAUAAAUUUAUUUCCAAUUUAUGUAAUCCAUUAAUGAUUUAACUUGUCUAAAUAAAAUAUGGCAUUUUUUUCCAUCGAGAGGUGAAGAACAUUUUCCUGAACUGUAGGAUACACAUUUGAAACAGUAUUGUAGGCCAUUUUUUAAUAAAAUUAUCUUGUAUUCUAUUUGGAAGUUGUUCUCUUAAUUUAAUUAAAGUGCUUCAUUUUUUAUAUUGAUAUUUAAAUUGUCUAUCACGUGUUGCCACAAUCCAUAUCGCAGCAUAGCCUAGUGGUUAGAGCUUUGUACUAGUAACCGAAAGGUUGCAAGAUCGAAUCCCCGAGCUGACAAGGUACAAAUCUGUCGUUCUGCCCCUGAACAAGGCAGUUAACACACUGUUCCUAGGCAGUCAUUGAAAAUAAAAACUUGUUCUUAACUGACUUACCUAGUAAAAUAAAGGUAAAAUAAAAAAAAUAUGGUAAUAUUACUUCAUUGGGAUGGAAGUAGGGAAAGCAGACAAUGACCAUUUUCGUUGUCUAGUAUCAUGCAGGCUUAACACUGUAACAACAUAUCAGUUGGUCUGUUAGUUUAUUUGGGUGUUAUUUUAGCUCAGAGCUCCGUGUAAUCUCCCAGAAGUAUUGUUUGAAGGAAACUAGCGUUAACACAGUGAUGAGUGCGUAGUUUGUUGCAAUGAACGCGUGUGACUAUGGUGGCCCAGAGAGCAGAUCCCAUAUGGUUUGCUGCAUGAUUUUCCGAUGAACACACCAAUAUUGAUCAGGCAACACUUAACCACACCCACCAAAUGGGAGUAAACAUACCUCAAAGGCUGUUGAAGAUGGGUGUGCACUGUUUUUGGGUAACGUGUCGUUCAAUAGAAACCGUCACACAACUUAGCAAACUUUGAAGCGAACUGAAUGCACCCUUGGUGUUGUGCUGUGUUUAACCAAGUGAGAGGUGGGAAUUUCCCACUUUUGCAGUCGUAAAUACCAGUUGGAUGCAUUCGCAUGUUUUGAACUCGUUGAGAAACAUUGAUUGGCUAAUGUCCAACAAGCUGGGUAAACCAUAAACUAACAGUACAGCUAUCAUGCUUGUUAAUCAAAUUAGUGUUCAAAAACCAUAUUAGUAGAUGUCUUUUUAUAAAUAAUGUGUUGUUGCAUUGAAAGGUCCAAUGCAAACAUUUUAUCUAAAUAUUACAUUUCUGGUUAGCAAUUAAGUACCCUACUGUCUAUAAACAAAAAUAACUUCUUAGCAAACAGCUCUUAUGCUAAAAAUGGCAUAAUCACAAUUUCACAGUAUUAUUCCAACCUCAUAGUGUAGAAAAAAUAUAAAACACAGGAAAAUCACGUUUUGUACUGCCCAUGCUGUCAGUCAAGAACAAAUUCUUAUUUAGGGCCUACACUGGCAAAACCCGGAUGACGCUGGGCCAAUUGUGCACCGCCCUAUGGGACUCCCAAUCACAGCCAGUUGUGAUACAACCUGGUUUCGAUCCAGGGUGUCUGUAGUGACGCCUCUAGCACUGAGAUGCAGUGCCUUCGACCGCUGCGCCACCCAGUUGCUACAAUAGCACAGAUAUAUCUAUGAUUUUACCCAGUGGUAUGUGGUAAAUUCCCACCUGCCACUUGGUUACAAACGCACAUAGGGAAUGUGUUGGGAACUCCCUCAAGCCAGUGCAUACACCAAUCCAAUGGCACAAAAUCUUUGAGGGGGGAGUGAACAAGUGCACAACUUUGGGGAGAAACUAAAUUGGGUGUGCACCCUUUCACUAAUCCCACUUUUCUAAUAUUGGACUGCACUAAGUAAGCAGACUGAAGUUCAAUGCUCACUGCAUGUAAUUGCUUAUUGAUGAUGCUAUACUGUAUUUUAUUCAUAUGAUCUUACUAAUGUGGUUGUAUAUAUUAUUUUUCCAGACGUGUAAAACCAAGCAAAUUCCUGUCAACAUUGUUAUUGUAAAAUGUAAUCACCUCAACAGAUGGAUCAGAACUGCAAGCAACUUUGUCCAAAAUACAAGUUAGGCAUUAUCGCACAAAUGAAUAAAUAUAUCAAUGUAAUCAGCACAGA